UUUGCAGUCAGUUAUGCACUCGUCCCAGGCCAGUUCACACGUCCCGAUACACACGACUCGACCUUGAUUCUUAAGACACGUCUCCAAUCUUAACAUCGUGUGUAUCAAUAUAAGUGCCGGCUUCUCUAUAGCAAUAUCUCAUUCAGAACUUUGUCUCAGAAAUAAAGUGUUUUUUUUUAUAUUAAAUUUAAAAAUGGUGCAAAAUAAAAGAAUUCUCGUUAUCUACACUGGAGGCACUUUUGGUAUGCUGAAAAAUGAAAAAGGAGUGCUUGUACCUCAGAAGGACAUAGAAAGAAGAGUGAUCAGGAAGCUGCCACAGUUACACGACAAUGCUUACUGGGAGCAACAUCUCGCUGGGACAGACCUCAAGGAAUAUUUGGUGUUACCUGAUGGCAAGGACACGGAACAGAAGGUGCUGUACAAAAUUUACGAAUAUGAAGAGUUGAAGGACUCCUCGGACUUCACCAUGGAUGACUGGAUCACACAGGCCAGGGAUAUAAAGAAAUUCUACCACGAUUACGAUGGCUUCGUGGUUUUGCACGGGACUGACACGACAGCGUAUGGAGCUUCCAUCUUAUCCUUCAUGUUGGAGUCCGUUGGCAAGACUGUUGUACUCACUGGAGCACAGAUUCCCAUUUUCCAACCCCGAAGCGACGGUAACAACAAUUUGCUGUGCGCAAUCCUCAUUGCUGCUACACAGAACAUUCCAGAAGUCACCGUGUUCUUCGGAGCUAGGCUCUUCAGAGGCACAAGAGUUAAAAAAGUAUCAAACACAAAGAUCUACGCGUUCGACUCCCCCAACUUUCCAGCGUUACUCGAAGCCAAGUCGACCCUGGAUGUAGACCCGAAGAUGCUGAUCCACCCUCCUGGCUCCGUCCCCAAUGAAUGCAGACUACAUGAUAAGCUCUGCAGAAAGGUCUACAUAUUGAAGGUGGCGCCUACAAUCACACCUGAACUGAUUAAAGCGGUGUUCUCUGGGAUGGAAGGAGUCGUUCUAGAAACAUAUGGUAACGGUAACAUUCCUAUCAAACGCAAAGAGAUCUACAAAGAGAUUGAGGCAGCCGUGAAGAACAAGGUGCUGGUCGUGAACGUGACGCAGUGCAUCAAUGGAACUGUCAUCGCUAAACCUUUGUACGAGACUGGCUUGCUUCUUCUGGAAUGCGGAGUGGUCCCUGCAUACGAUAUGACGGCUGAAGCUGCGUGGGCCAAGCUAUCCUAUGUUCUCACUAAGACAGAACUCAGCUAUGAAGAGAAAGUUAAGUUGAUGAAGACGAACAUUCGAGGCGAGAUGUACAACCCUCACUAGAACGCAUACUUUUAUGUAUAUAUUGUAGGAUUAUAAUAAUUAUUGUUACUCUGUAUUAAUUAAAUAUCGAAUAAAUGAUUUUAUAAGGUUUAAUAGUACUUAUUAAUAAAAUCCAUAAAAACUGUAACCCC